GAGGCUGAGAAACAGAAAGUGAAAUGCUGCCAUGUCACUGACUGGUCUGUCCUGAUAAGGCAAAGACAUAGCCUUCUCAUUCUAGGCUUGUGCAACAGGGCUCAAAUAACAAACCUCAAGCUCCGCCCGUCCGGUUCUCUGUACUGAUAAAAUCGAACAAACCAGCAGGCGUGACAGGAACUUUUCUCGCGGUGUUUACGGGACAGGCUCUUCCUCGUUUCACCCUGUUGUGUCUGCACCAGGUCUGCACAUUUAACAACGACCUGCAGUGAUAGCGUCCCACACAGUUAAAGGUAAAAUGGAAUGCUGUGGACUACUGACUGCCCAGAAGGAACCAGUUCCCCUGAAGAGCAUUGAGGUGGAGCUGGAGGUGAGGGACCAUGUGGCGACAGUGGUCUCCACUCUGAACUACGAGAACAAGGAGGACAAACCUCUGGAGGCUAUUUUCGUCUUCCCUCUGCCUGGAGACGCUGCUGUCUGUCACUUCAGUGCUCAGAUUGGACAGACACAGAUUGUAGCUGAGGUGAAGGAGAAACAGAAGGCUCGUGAGGAGUAUGAUGAUGCGCUGAGCUCCGGUCAGCAGGCCUUCCUGUUGGAGGAGAGCGAGCAGAGUCCAGAUAUAUUCACUCUGAGUGUGGGCAGUCUGCCUCCAGGAGAGAGCGCCUCCGUCAGGCUGGAGUACGUCACUGAGCUGGCUGUGCAGGCGGAUGACGGGCUGAGGUUUUGUCUGCCUGCUGUGCUCAACCCUCGCUAUGAACCUCAGGGUUCUGAAGGUGCUGGUGUGCAGGUGACCUCUGUUCCAGCCUCUCUGGUUCCCUACAGUCUGUCGUUUUCUGUCCGAGUGUCGUCUCCUCGUCCAAUCUCCAAAGUGGAGUCCAGCUGCUCUCUGGAGCCUCUCCAGUACGUCAACACAGAGCAGACCCAGGCCACGGUCAAGUUGGCUGCAGGACACAAGUUUGACAGAGAUGUUGAGCUGCUGAUUUAUUACAGAGAUGCUCACAAGCCCACUGCUGUGGUGGAGGCAGGACAGGCGUCUGCCAAACCUGGGAGUCUGAUGGGCGAUCCAGUCCUGAUGCUGAGCCUGUACCCUGAGUUCCCCCAGUCUGUGAUGUCUUCACUCGCCUCACGUGGAGAGUUUGUGCUCCUACUGGAUCGAUCUGGGAGUAUGGAUUGUCCAACGAGUGACACCAAGCAGCAAGAAUCUCGAAUUGCCAGUGCCAGGGAUACUCUACUGCUCCUGUUGAAGAGCUUACCAAUGGGUUGCUACUUCAACAUCUACAGUUUUGGCUCCAGCUUUGAACACAUCUUCCCUAAGAGUGUGGAGUACAGUGAGAAGAACUUAGAAGAGGCUCUGAAGAAAAUCGAAGCGAUGCAGGCGAAUCUGGGAGGAACAGAGAUCCUUGAACCUAUCAAACACAUUUACAGCCAGCCCUGCAUUCCUAAUCAACCUAGACAACUAUUUGUCUUCACUGACGGAGAAGUGUUCAACACCAAAGAAGUGAUCAAUCUGGUGAAGAAGAAUUCAGGUUCCCACAGGUGUUUCUCUUUUGGGAUCGGGGAAGGGGCCAGCUCUGCUCUUAUCAAUGGGUUAGCCAAGGAAGGAGGAGGUCACGCUCAGUUCAUCACAGGGGCUGAUAGGAUGCAACCUAAAGUGAUGCAGUCUCUGAGAUUUGCUCUCCAGCCAGCAGUGGCGGACAUCUCAGUCACUUGGGAUUUACCAAAGGGAGUGUCUGUCACUGUUCUCUCCCCAACAAUCACAACCAUUUUCCAGGGUCAGCGGUCACUGAUUUAUGCGCAGCUCAGUGGACAGAGUUCAAAGGCAGCAGAGGGCGGUGUGACGGUGAAGUACAGCCUGGCAGGUCGUCCCUCUGAGAACAAGCUACACUUCUCUCUCAAACCUGCUGAGGACACUGGAUUAAUAGUCCACAGGCUAGGUGCUCGAAGUCUGAUUCGUUCCCUUGAGAUGGACGAAAGAGAUGGCGAGGGACAGCAUGAUGAGGGGGUGAAGGGGAAGGUGGUGGAGCUCAGUGUCCAAUCAGGAGUGAGCAGUUCCUUCACAGCCUUCAUUGCUGUCAACAAAGGCAACUAUGAGCCGAUUCAAGGACCUCUGAUGCGCAGAGCCAUACCAGCACCACGGAUGUAUUUGAUGGCACCCAUGGCCAGUAGUUGCUGUUUAAUGUCUUCACCUGCUUAUAUGUCCUUAGGUAAUUUCUCCUUAAACAAAGGAGACUGUGGCCUGACUCUCCAAAGUGAAGCGUUCGAAGAAUGUGAUGACAUCUGCCUUGACGAAGACUUCAAUGACGAAGUCACUGAACCUACACAGCAGCCACCCAGAGACCCUUUGCUGCAGCUGGUCUCCCUGCAGAAGGCUUCUGGGUGCUGGCUGCUUGAUCCGGCUCUGGCUGCUGCUGUGGGAAAGACCAGCGAGGAGGUGGAGAACACAAAGCCUUCAGCUGUAAGCCAGGAAGUGUGGGCCACCAUUCUGGCUCUGAUCUGGCUUCAUGGAUCCAAGAUGGAUGCUCAGGAAGAGUGGGAGCUUCUGGCUAUGAAGGCUGUGUCCUGGCUCCGUGCUCAAAAUGCACCAACUGUGGCAGAAUCUGUGGUAGCUGCAAACACACUAUUGGGUUUCAGUGUGCAGACAGACGUCCUGGGGCUCUGAGGAUUUCAUUAAACUGCCUUCCUUUUCUUCUUCUGGAUUAAAAGCAAUGACCAUUGACAUAUACUGUAUAUGUAGAGGCCGCAUUGGCCAACUGGCUCAUACCAGCGUCGCCACCAUUUUGGACUGGGAAAGAGUGGCCUGUAAACACACACAAGUUAGGGGGAGCUCCAUCCGCUGUAUAAAAAAUACUUUUACAUUUUAAUUUCAACUGAUGUCAAGAAUUUGUUUUUAAGGGUUUGUGAUCUACGUGGGUUUUGUCUCCAGUUAUUUAGAAUCAAUAGUUUGACUUGUAGUAUAGGCAAGAAUCAGUAUUUAUUUGAAUAUGGACAAAAAUCUUGGGUUACACGUAAAUGAUUUGGUUCCUUUUCUUCUUAAAAAUAUUGGAUGAAAAUCAGCAUAUACCUACCUACGACUUCCACAGAUGUCUGUCUGUCUGUCUGUUGGAUGCAUAUCUCUAGGACUGUUCAUCUCAUCGGCUUCACUCAUCUAUGUCAGCGGACAGCAGCAGUUUCAAUAUCCCUCCAAACAGAUCAUUUUGAUAAUUUGAUAAUUUAUAUUUCACAAAAUUGGACUGACACAAAUGUUCCCGGGUGUUGUGGGUGCUGAUCUCCACUUGGGCAACAACAUUCAUAUUCAUAGAAACACUUUCUUUUCAGUUAUUUUUCUACAAAGUCAAGGUUUGAUUAAUUGCAGCAAUGCUUUAUAUCGAGUGAAACAAAAGAGCUCAUCAAACAAAAAGCAGCUCAUUGAAAUCAGCUGGAAUUUCAACCUUAAUGUGUUUUUUUCCCAGACAGACUGCGGCUGGUAUGUGUUAACAGGGCAGUCUUGCCUGGUCCAAUAUGGCGGACGCAUUGACAUAUUACAACAACAGGCAAAAGUGCAUUUCAAAUGUAUAUGUCCACAUAAUCAUGACUGGUAUAAAGGUAUAUUUAUAACCUUUACAUUGCACAUAAUUAUUUGCACUAUCCACUUCAGUAAUAGUGUGUGCCUAAUUGUAUUCACACUAUGCUUCAUCUGAUCCGAAUUGACCAUAUAACAAAGAAUUGUUCAUCUGUUGCACCUUUAAUGUUAACCUUUUUUUAAAUCAGAAACUCUUAUACUGUAUUAUUAAAGUUGAAUCUCACGGCCUGAAA